AUGUCCUUUAUAACCUGCCCGACCAACGCCAUACCCGAGGACGCGGACCUCGACAUCGACAGCAAGUCCCUCCACGCCGUCAUCCCGCGCGCCAACACCAACGCCAGCGACAUCCCCGACCCCUGGAUGGUCAGCUGCUGCGAGCCCAGCCCCGCGAGGCUGGCCAGCAACAGCGCCACCGGCGCCUGCUGGCAGUGGUGCGACCUGCCGCCCCGGUACACCAACCAGACGACCGACAGGGACAUGCUGUUGGACGAGUUCGAGCUCUGCGUGUCGACCUCCGCCAGCUACAAAAACUCCACCGUCAAGCCGAAUAUCUUUCACGUGUCUUCUGACGCUGCCAGGGAUGGAGUGGUGGGUGACGGGAUGGUCGGAUUGGCUGUGGCCUUGGGUCUUGCGGUGUGGCGGUUGUUCAUGUGA